AUGCGUCUCCUCUCCCUCCCCGCGGCACUCCUCGCCCUCCUCACCCUCUCCCCGCUCCCCACACCCACCACCGCCACCCACACAUCCAACUGGGCGGUGCUAGUCAGCACGUCGCGCUUCUGGUUCAACUACCGCCAUCUCGCCAACACCCUCUCCCUCUACCGCACCGUCAAGCGUCUGGGAAUCCCCGACUCACAAAUCAUCCUCAUGCUCCCCGACGACAUGGCCUGCAAUCCCCGCAACUCCUUCCCGGGGAGUGUCUUCAACGACAAAUCCCGCCAUCUCGACCUCUACGACGACACAUCCACCUUGACCUCCUUUUCCUCCUCCUCCUCCUCCUCCUCCAUCAUGAAGGCGGGAAUGGGUGGGAUCGAAGUCGAUUAUCGCGGGAAUGAAGUGACGGUGGAGAAUUUCAUCCGCUUGUUGACGGAUCGCUGGCCCGCUUCCCAUCCCACGAGCAAGCGAUUGAUGACGGAUGAUCGCUCCAAUAUCCUCAUCUACAUGACCGGACAUGGCGGGAAUGAAUUUUUGAAAUUCCAGGAUUCCGAGGAGAUUUCUUCCUUUGAUCUCGCCGAUGCUUUUGAGCAGAUGUGGGAGAAGAAGCGAUAUCAUGAAUUGCUUUUCAUGAUUGAUACCUGUCAGGCCAAUACCAUGUAUCCGGCCUUUUACACCCCCAACAUCAUCGCCACGGGCAGCAGUGCGAAGGAUCAGAGUUCCUACUCCCAUCAUGCGGAUCAGGAUGUGGGUGUUGCGGUCAUUGAUCGAUGGACGUAUUACAAUWUGGAGUUUUUGGAGACGCGGUUGAAUAGCACGUCUGCGGAUGUCCGAUUGGGGGAGUUGUUUGAUUCGUAUACGUUUGAAAAAGUGCACAGUGAUGCGGGCAUUCGGUAUGAUUUGUUUCCCGGCGGGGAGGAGGCUGUUCGGCAGAGACGGGUGUUGGAUUUCUUUGGCAGUGUACAAGGGGUCGAGGUGGAUGCUGCGCGAGAGGAUGCAGGGAGUGAUUGGAAGGCGGAUCUGGAGGCUUUGCGGAGGAUUAUGGAGAGGCAGGAGAGGGAGGAGAUGCAAGAAUCUGGUGAUGAUGUUCCUGUGGAAGAGGGUGCGAGUGGGGGAGAGAGGACGCAGACGGUCAAAGUUGCGGUGAAUAUUGCGCAGAGUGGAGGGGAUUGGGGGAAGAAGGCUGCGGGGUUGGCAUCGUUGGUGGUGUUGGGAGGUGCUUGGUUGGCUUCCAAUGCGCUGGGAGGGGGGAAGAGUGGUUGA